UGGUCCUGCCAGUGAGGCUGUGAAUGACUGAGCAGCAAGCGAGGAAGCAGCAGCCGCCGCAGCCCACCACCCCCAGCACUGCUCGCACCUGGAGGCGGCUCACGGGAGAGGCGGGCGGAAGGAGCCGAGGGGAGCCCCCAGCAGCCCAGCGUUUGGUGGCGCUCACGUCUUGGCAGGAACCGAGAGUCCCCACCUGCCUGGAGCAGCCCGGAGAUGCUGAGGUUGCGCUGGGAGUCGGCGCUGCUCCUGCUGGGGGUCGGGAGCCUCCUGGCCGCUAAAGUGAACAAACACAAACCAUGGAUAGAAACUUCCUAUCACGGAGUCAUUACUGAAAACAACGAUACUGUCAUUUUGGAUCCUCCUCUGGUUGCUUUGGAUAAGGAUGCUCCUGUUCCCUUUGCAGGCGAGAUCUGUGCUUUUAAAAUCCAUGGUCAGGAAAUGCCCUUUGAAGCUGUCGUGCUAAACAAGACAUCUGGAGAAGGUCGUCUCCGAGCAAAAAGUCCAAUUGACUGUGAACUGCAGAAGGAGUACACAUUCAUCAUCCAGGCAUACGACUGUGGAGCAGGACCUAGUGGAACAAACUGGAAGAAAUCUCACAAGGCAGUGGUCCAUAUCCAGGUGAAGGAUGUUAAUGAGUUCGCACCUACCUUCAAGGAGACCUCGUAUAAGGCCACAGUGACAGAGGGAAAGAUCUAUGACAGUAUAUUGCAGGUGGAAGCCAUAGAUGAGGACUGUUCUCUGCAGUACAGCCAGAUAUGCAAUUAUGAAAUUGUCACAACCGAUGUUCCUUUUGCCAUUGACAGAAACGGUAAUAUUAGAAACACGGAGAAGCUGAACUACGAUAAACAGCACGAGUAUGAGAUAAUGGUAACUGCUUUUGACUGUGGGCAGAAACGUGCAACAGAAGAUGUCUUAGUACGAGUUGAUGUCAAACCAGUGUGCAAACCAGGCUGGCAAGACUGGAACAAGCAUAUUGAGUAUAAGCCUGGCUCUGGCAGCAUACCUUUGUUUCCCAGCAUUCAUCUGGAAACCUGUGAUGGACCUGUUUCCUCAAUCCAGACCACUAUUGAACUGCAAACCAAUUAUAUUGGAAAGGGCUGUGACCGAGAGACAUACUCUGAGAAAUCACUGCAAAAAUUAUGUGGAGCAUCCUCAGGUGCCAUUGACUUAUUACCGACUCCUAGUGCAGCAACUAACUGGACAGCUGGGCUUCUGAUAGACAACAAUGACAUGAUUUUUAAAUUUGAUGGAAAACAAGGAGCCAAAAUUCCUGAUGGAAUAGUACCAAAGAAUUUAACUGAUCAAUUCACUAUCACUAUGUGGAUGAAACAUGGACCUAGUCCAGGACUGAGAGCUGAAAAAGAAACCAUUCUUUGCAACUCUGACAAGACAGAAAUGAAUCGACACCAUUACGCACUUUAUGUGCACAACUGUCGUCUGGUGUUUCUGCUGCGUAAAGAUUUUGACCAGGCUGAUACAUUUCGCCCGGCAGAGUUCCACUGGAAGCUGGAUCAGAUUUGUGAUAAAGAAUGGCACUACUACGUCGUCAAUGUUGAGUUUCCUGUGGUUGCCUUGUAUAUGGACGGCACGACAUAUGAGCCUUACCUUGUGACAAAUGAUUGGCCUAUUCAUCCAUCACACAUAGCCAUGCAGCUAACUGUUGGUGCUUGCUGGCAAGGAGGGGAAGUCGCUAAGCCCAGAUUUGCUCAGUAUUUCCAUGGCAGCCUUGCCAGCCUCACUAUCCGGCCAGGGAAAAUUGAGAGUCAGAAAGUGAUUUCCUGUUUGCAGGCCUGCAAGGAAGGUCUGGAUAUUAAUUCUCUUGAGAGUCUUGGCCAAGGAAUAAAGCAUCACUUCAACCCUUCCCAGUCAGUCCUUGUCAUGGAAGGAGAUGAUAUUGAGAAUAUAAAUCAAGCUCUCCAAAAGGUCUCAUAUAUCAACUCUAGACAGUUCCCUACCGCGGGCGUACGGCGUCUUAAAGUCUCAUCUAAAGUCCAGUGUUUUGGUGAAGAUGUCUGCAUUAAUAUCCCAGAUAUAGAUGCCUAUGUAAUGGUGUUUCAGGCCAAUGAGCCCAAGAUCACAAUAAAUGGAAUGGACCACUUUGCUAGACCAGCUACGCAAUUUGAAAGUGAAAGGGGAGUGACUCUGUUACCAGAUAUCAGAAUUGUCAGCACAGUCACCAAAGUGGAACAUUCUGUGGACUUUAAAGAAAACGAUGGAGUCCAUAAGCCAGUUGUGUUAGAGGAAAUGGUUCACAACUUGGAUUUCUGUGACAUUUUGGUCAUUGAUGUGGAACUAGAUCCCAGACAGGAGUGUUUAGAACUGGAUCGUAAGGAGCUUCAAGGAAAACAUCUAGAUGCCACCAACUCCACAGCAGGGUAUUCUAUCUAUGGUGUGGACACAAUGAGAAACUAUGAACUGGUGCUUCGACAGGUUCGAUAUCGCAAUUGGCACACUUUCAACAUCUUUGAUAGAAAGUUCAGGAUCAAGUGCUCAGAGCUGAAUGGCCGAUAUACCAGUAAUUACUUUAACUUGGAGGUUAAUAUCCUACACAACUCCAACUCUAAUUUUAUGGAGCAUGUAAAUCACAUGGUAAUACAGCCACAGUUUCUCCAGUCUAUCCAUCACCCAGAGGAAAGCAUAAACAGCAUUCAUGGCUCAGUUGUUCCAAGCGUGGCUACUAUUGUUAUAAUAAUCUGUGUCAGCAUACUAGUCUUCAUCAUAGCCUUGGGCAUCUACAGAGUUCGGACUUCUCAUCAGCACAGCUCUACGGAAAAUGAAGGAAGUAAAGAAAAUGAAAUGGAUUGGGAUGAUUCUGCUCUAACCAUUACUGUCAACCCCAUGGAGAAAUAUGAAGAGCCUCAUCAUGUAGAAGAGGAAAGUGAGGAGGAGGUGGAAGAGGAGGAGGAAGAUACGACCAGUGAUGAAUCAGGUGACAGUGAAGAAGAGGAGGAAGAGGAGGAGGAGGAAGAAAUUGGAAAUGAGGGAGUCAAACAGAAUGCCACCAGGCAACAGCAGUUGGAGUGGGAUGAUUCAACACUUCCUUACUAGAACCUGCCAGUCCCAUUGCUCCUUUUGUAAACACCAAUACAAUUUAUUUCUGAGACAAAUUAAUCUCUGUCUAUGAAUUAACUGACAGGAUUUGAAUUUAUUGCCUAAAAUAGAUAUAGUUCUAUUACCCAAAUUGAUAUAGUUGUAUCAGUUGCUAUUGAUAGAAUUGUCCCUUUCCUUACAAUGCCUUGUGAAAUACAGGGUACCAACUUUAAUGUCCUCUAUGGUAAUGACACUAGUCUGGAGCUUGGUCUGUCAAUUUAUUCCCUCAAUUUCCAGUUUCUGUUCCAAAUAAUCCAAUAAAAGUCCUGUCACUCAAUCCAUAGAGGUUUUGCCUUUGCUAUUUUUUCAUACAGGAGAGAUUUCAGCUUGUUAUGAUGAUUAUUUCUGUGGGUCCUAAUAAUUCUGUUGCCAUUUGGCUUCACUUUAUUGUGUGUCUAAAAAAAAUCUGCCUUCCAAUAAGAGCAGAGGUUUAGUGCUACAGGUGUCAAAGGCUGAAUGCCAUUUACCACCUCCUUCUUUUUUUUUGCCUUCUUGGACGUUAAUUGCAUUCUACAGAAGGAUAUUUAAGACUUCACAUGUAGGGUGUAUGUGAGAAUAGGAAUGGGUAAUACAUUUCUCUGCGAAUGUGUCAUGACCUUGAAGAUAAAAUCUUUAUCCAGUCCACCUAUUGAAACCUGACUACUAUCAUGUAAAACCCCCAGAAAAUGAAACUUUUUUCUUUUGUUAACUUUCAAAGAUCUUCUGCCCACAGAUUAAAUAAUGUUAUCUUAUGUGAAACAUAAAUUCUAAUUCAACUUGGUUUUGGCUGAAACCUGUGGGGCUGAUCAUUAGCCACAGAUUCAGUAAUUUGCUGCAAAUCAGUGUUUUGUAAUCUGCAUUGUAAAUCAUUAUCUUGAUGCAGUAUCUUACUGCAGUAACAGAAAAUCAAUGAACCCCAGUAUACUCAAAUUGCCUCUGGUUGGGACUUAGACAAGUACUUACAUGUAUGCAUGAAAACAAAAUCUAAUCUUGGGGAAAUGUUCCCUUCUGCCUGUAGAAAGACUGAUUAAAUGAUGCCAGCUGGAAUUUAUGUCUGGCUUUAUUCUAUAAAAUAUCGUCCCCCAUUUUUGCUAUACUUUUAUCAACCAAACAGUGGCACAGGAAAAAACUGACAUAACCUAGACUCUCCAGCUCUCCUUUGCACCUACAAUUGUCCUUUUUCUCCUCUUCCUGAACCCUUUAUUUUUUGAGAAAAGGGGUCUAUAAAAUAAAACAGGCACAAGGAAAGAUAAAACCACCUGGAACCAAAAGAAGUAAAAGAACAAUUAGAGCUUGAGCAAGUAUUAGUAUAACGCAGCAUAUUUUUUCCUAAACACUGUUCAAAGAAAAAGUACACAAAAUAUGCUGUUAAGUCUGUUUUUGUUUUUUCCUCCUCCCUUUAAUAUCCUUUGCAUCUUAAAAAUGACAUGAAUAACAAAUGAGGCAGCACUUCCUAGAGUAACUAUUUUAAUGUAUAACAGACAAACCAAUUGUCAUGAUAGUGAAUGCUGCCCUGUGACUUUUCACCUGUUUCCAACACUCUUCUUUCCUUUAGAUUUUGUUUGUUGGAUUUUGCUUUUGUAAUUUGCUGUUUGGAGUGAGCCAUUCCUCCUAUAUUUUCUGUGUGCCCCCAAGAAGCUCAGUAGCAGUACAGUAUGGAGUGUAACUGAGCAAAAAAGUAUAUGUGUAAAUCUUUUCUUUGAUAGGGUGCCAUCACUCCAUGCACAGUCAUGGCACUUAAUCCUGCAGGGGGCAACCCUUACUGACCCUGGGUUAAUAUGGAUAACUUUCAGGGAUGCCAGCUCUCUCACUACUUGGUAUAUUUCUUAAAGCCCCAGCUCUUACAUUAACGUGAAUACAGAAAAUCUCAGCUUUCAUUUUUUUAAACAAUUUUAAACAAUAAAAAGUUCUAGCUCUUAUGAUUGCAAAAAAAGAUUGAAAAUGUGACCCGAGUGGGCCCUACAAGUUUAAAAUAUUAGAAGGUAAAUGAAGACAGUCCCAAAUUUAUUUAUUUAUUUAUUUAUUUAUUAUUAUUUUUUAAAUCAUGGUUUUUAGAUUGACCUCAUGAUUUUGGGGAGCCUGACUCAUGAUUUUUGACUGCUUGGUGUUGGCAAUACAGAACUUUUCUCAUGUGUUACUGUCCCAUUUACUUGAGGGUGUAAGAACAGCCGGAUUGGUCCCCUAAUUUAUUUUUAUACUCACACUAAUAGCAAGAUGUUCUUUAGGCCACUCACUGUUUUGCAUUCUAGAUGGUGUAUGUACAAACAACUCAUUAUUAAAAUAUAUAUAUUGUG